UGACAGUUGAAAUUGACAGCAUGCAGCAUGACUUGAAUUAAAUUUGGACAGUUUUGUUUUGCUGUAGUCAUAUUUUCCUGGACAUUUUCUCCAAAGAAAAUCAUAAUUCAGUGAAUAAGUACUCUAAAGAAUGGCUACGCUAGAAGAUAAGGCGAUAUGGGACGACGGAGAAGAAGCACUCGGCGAAGAAGUACUGAGAAUGUCUAACGACGAGAUUAUAAGCAGAACUAGACUGUUGGACAACGAAAUUAAAAUAAUGAAAAGCGAAGUGAUGAGAAUAAACCACGAGCUGCAAGCCCAAAACGAAAAGAUUAAGGAGAACACGGAGAAAAUUAAAGUUAAUAAAACCUUACCAUAUUUAGUUUCAAAUGUUAUUGAAUUGCUCGAUGUGGAUCCACAAGAAGAGGAAGAGGAUGGGGCUGUUGUUGAUUUAGAUUCUCAAAGAAAAGGAAAAUGUGCAGUUGUAAAAACAUCAACACGCCAAACCUACUUUCUUCCUGUUAUCGGACUUGUUGAUGAAGAAAAAUUAAAACCAGGUGAUUUGGUCGGUGUGAAUAAGGAUUCAUACCUAAUUUUGGAGACCCUUCCUGCUGAAUACGAUGCCAGAGUUAAAGCUAUGGAGGUUGAUGAAAGACCAACAGAACAAUACUCAGAUAUUGGUGGCUUGGACAAACAAAUUCAAGAGCUCAUAGAGGCUGUAGUCCUCCCAAUGACACACAAAGAUAAAUUUGUCAAUUUAGGAAUACAACCUCCUAAAGGGGUAUUGUUGUAUGGACCUCCAGGAACAGGAAAGACUCUGCUGGCUAGGGCUUGUGCUGCCCAAACCAAAUCAACUUUCUUGAAAUUGGCAGGGCCCCAGUUGGUUCAGAUGUUUAUUGGUGACGGUGCAAAACUAGUUAGAGAUGCUUUUGCAUUGGCCAAAGAGAAAGCACCUGCUAUUAUUUUUGUCGAUGAACUGGAUGCAAUUGGUACUAAAAGAUUCGAUUCUGAAAAGGCUGGUGAUCGAGAAGUACAGAGAACUAUGUUGGAAUUAUUGAAUCAGUUAGAUGGUUUCAGUUCGACAGCAGAUAUUAAGGUUAUAGCAGCAACUAAUCGUGUUGACAUUCUCGAUCCAGCAUUGUUGCGAUCCGGCAGAUUGGAUCGUAAAAUUGAAUUCCCUCAUCCGAAUGAAGAAGCCAGAGCGAGAAUUAUGCAGAUUCAUUCGAGAAAAAUGACAGUAAACCCUGACGUAAACUUUGAGGAAUUGGCUAGAUCAACGGAUGAUUUUAAUGGAGCCCAGUGUAAAGCUGUAUGUGUGGAGGCUGGUAUGAUAGCUUUGAGAAGGAACGCUACUGUAGUGACGCACGAAGACUACAUGGACGCUAUAAUGGAAGUGCAAGCGAAAAAGAAAGCCAAUCUUAAUUAUUAUGCUUAAUUUUUUUAAAUUAUAAUGAAAAAACAUCCUAGCUAUAAAUAACGUUUGUCAAAUAAUAAAUCCUUUUUUUAAUAGAAUA